AUGGACGGGCUGAUCAGGAUGGAGAGACAAAAGUUUCCUUUCACUAUUGAGAACAUUCUGAGCAAAUAUCCAGAUAGCAGUGGAGACAAGCGAUCAUGUGGGACAGCUGGAUUAAAAGACAAGGUGUCGGGUGCUGUUGGAGGCCAGCCGGAGAGUGUUCAUCAUGCCUGCAUGUGCUGCUGCUACUGCUCCCACUGUGGAGAUAUUUUCCACACUGAUUUCAUCCAUGAAGCCUGUCAGUACAGUUGGCCCCCAAUGCUCACAGACCCCUGCAGGCUGGGAGACGCUCACAGAGAUGAGCAGUCGCCCGGAGCCAGUCAGGUGCAGAGGAGAACUAGGAGGCAUCGCACUAUUUUCACUGAGGAGCAGCUGGACGCGCUGGAGGAGCUGUUCCUGCAGAAUCAGUAUCCAGAUGUGAACACGAGAGAGAGACUGGCACAGCAAACUCACCUGAGAGAGGAGAGAGUAGAGGUUUGGUUUAAGAACAGAAGAGCUAAAUGGAGGCGUCAGAAAAGAUUGUCAUUUGGCUUGGGAAACACAGAAAACUGA